AGAGGAAGGGGGAAGACGUGUUCCUUCACCCUUACUCUGACUAUUCCCAUUGACUGGGUGACUGGAAUUUUACUAAGCUCUCCCCAAAUCCCAUCCCAAGAAUAACUGCUUUCAGAAGUCCUGGACUGCAUUUCUUUGUGAAUUCUGGGCAUAAUUCCUGGGUGAGACCAAUAAGCUUAAGCUGAAAGGGCAGGAAUCUAGGAUUCUCUGUAUUCUCCCACCAGAGCAGAAGUACCCAGUAAUUGGCAAAACCAGGUUCAGAACUUGGACCUUGAGUUCCCUCUUGAAUUUCUUCUGGCAGUGAUACUACCCUUGCCAUCCCAGCUUACAUCUUACCUGGAUCAGCCAUCCUGAGCCAUGAUGUCCAUUUCAGCCCUUCUCCAAUGCAGCUGUUAUUUCCUGCUUCCCAUCAACCUGAUUUUCUGGGCUGUGUUGGCCCCCAAGACUGGUGCCUUCCCACUGCCAAAUUCCAACCCUCUGUAUCAGUUUGAGGGGCAAGUCCGGCUUUGCCAUCUCUACACAGCAAAUGAACAGACAUACCUCUACCUGGAGAUCUCUCCAGAUGGCACAGUGCGUGGCUCCAGAUACCAGAACCCCUUCAGUUUGUUGGAAAUCAAAGCAGUGAAGUUGGGCAUCAUUCGCAUAUUGGCCAAGAAGACCUCUAGAGUUCUUUGCAUGGGUUCUGAUGGACAUCUAUAUGGCUCACUAUCUUACUCCGAAGAGGCCUGUAAUUUCCGUGAGAUAAUUCUUCAAGAUGGCUAUAACGUGUACUAUUCCGAGGUCUACAACCUUCCUGUCAGCCUGAGCAUGACGGGGAAUUUGGGCCAGAGCCGUCAGCUGCCCCCUUUCUCCCAGUUCUUACCUUUAGGUAACAACAUUCCCCUUGAACCUGUGUUGGUGGACUACGAAUCCUUUGAACAGCAACGUGACAUUGAGUCGGCUGAUCCCCUCAACAUGAUGGGUCGAAACCAGAACAUACGGAGCCCAAGUUACGCCUUCAGAUAGAGCAGGGCAACGUAUGGGCUGGGGCUGGGGCUGGGGCUGGGGCACGAUGCCAGAGGUUCAGCAGGAUUUUUUGUAAGCUUGGCCAUCUGUGUCUUUACUGCAUUAAUAGGAAGAAUAAAUAUGAGGAGGAUAGAUGGGGGCAAAAGAGCAUGAAGAUGUAAUGGAUGGAUGCAGUUGACCUGAAGCCUAGCCGGGACUCCCAGAUAUGACACAGAAUUCCUCUUCUGCCUGAUCAGGAAACACUUCAACUUUUCAGUUUCCCAUUGUUAAUCUUGCUGGCUUUUUUUUUUUUAAUCCAAGGUUUUAUUGCUAUUUAUCCAACUAUUUAAGUAACUUAUUUAUUACAUGUCAGGUUUAUUUAUUGAAGAAAGCUAGAUCAAUAAGGAAGCAGAAAGGAAAGGCAUAAUGUGAAAGCCUUGCGUGCAAAUCAUAUUUAUAUAUUGUUAUUUAUAUACAACCGUCUGUGUGUAUAUUUUCUGCCUGCCUAUUUAUUUCCCUUUCUGGAGAAGACACGCCAACUAAAGGUUAAAUCUGUGCUGCAGGUACUGCCAUGAUUUUAUGCCUGAUAUCUGCUUAUCUACCCCUUCCGUGUUUUCCUUUUCAAGGAAUCUUUCUGCAUUAAUGAAUUCAUGAGCCAGGGGAAUGGAGGCAAGGGGGUUGGAGGCUGCAACCAAAGCUUUACCCCACCCUGCAUAUAAAAAAGAGGCGGUCCUUCAAUCACACCCGCCAUCUUGACUUUUUUGACCCCCACAGACAACCCCGCAGUGAGGUUUAUGAAUCAGAAGAGGCGUGGCAGUUACCAAAACAAAAACAAAAAACCCCUUUGAGCAUGACCCCAUUUUUUUUCCUUCAUAUUUUUUUUAAGGCUUGCACUGCCUGUAAGCCAUCAGAAAAGAUAAAAGAGAAAAAUCUAAAAAGGAAAUUUAAAGGCACAGGUAUUGAUCAUGGAUAUUUAUUUUUUAUAAGCUAUACUUUCAUUAAAAGGCUGUGCCUCUGCUGUGUUUUUCAGCAGCAGCUGUUUCUGGUCGAACGUGUUACGGUAUUGACAAUUCACUGACUUGACAUAAAUCUGCAAAUUUUUGUAUUCUCUUUCUGUUUCUUGCAUUUAAAAAAAUACCUUGUUUCCUUGUGCUUUAAUAGUGAUCGGUGUUAAGCCAUCAGUGGGCUGAAGUGUGAACAAUGUGUUUGUAAUGUGAACCCAAAUAAAAGUUUUUUUAAAAAAGA